AAAACGAAGAGUUUGGCAGUUCAUCCGCGCCGGUGAGUGGCGCUGUGAGCGCAGAUCAGCUGUUCACUAACCUGCGCGAGGAUCCCCGAAGAACCGUAAACAAAGAGAUCCAGUAGAACAGGGUCACGGAACCACAGCUGCCGCUGCUAUAAACAUCAACUCGAAAGCAGGACACGUUGUUGGUCGAGCAUGCCCAGUAACGCAGCUCAACUCUUGGAGUCAGACGAUACUGAACCGGACCUCCCGGUACUGGUACAGAACCUGAGCGGGUUGAGCCUCCGGGAUGAAGAGAGUCCAUCAGAACCACGUGAUACUUCUCAUCUGGGUGUCCUGGGUGCGGUGUUGGACCUCCAGCCCCUGUCCCAAACUGGAUCAGAGGAGGAAAACAUCACCACCACCACCAACAACAACAUUAUCAGACAUGAUGCUGAUCUGGACCAGCUGAGGGCCCUGGCCCUCACAGGCAUGGAGGCUCCGGGGACGGGUGGGCUCUAUCAGGACGGGCUGGGCGAGUCCCAAGGCUACCACCAGGUUCAGGGGAGGAUGAUGAUGGCGGCGAUGAUGAUGAUGCAGGAGGGUGAGAGGUGUGCACUCAAUACCAGGAGGAAGAGUGUGAACACAACAGAGUGUGUGAUGGUGCCCACAUCUGAGCAUGUGGCAGAGAUAGUUGGCCGACAGGGCUGCAAGAUCAAAGCUCUGAGAGCAAAGACCAACACUUACAUUAAAACACCCGUUAGAGGAGAAGAACCAGUGUUUGUAGUGACCGGACGGAAGGAGGACGUCAUCAUGGCGAAGCGUGAGAUUCUGUCAGCGGCCGAGCAUUUUUCCCUCAUCCGGGCGUCUCGGAACAAAUUGGCGCCAAACGUUGGGCACAACAGCAUCCCUUGCCAUCCGGGACAGACAACCAUUCAGGUUCGGGUGCCGUAUCGAAUGGUAGGGCUCGUGGUGGGACCGAAAGGAGCGACUAUCAAGAGGAUCCAGCAGCAAACCCACACUUACAUCGUCACACCAAGCCGUGACAAAGAGCCAGUGUUUGAGGUGACCGGCAUGCCUGAGAACGUGGAUCGAGCUCGGGAGGAAAUCGAAGCCCAUAUUGCUAUGCGUACCGCGGGAAACGUGGACACCAGCGUAGAUGAUGACGACUUCCACUACAACGGCACCGAUGUUGGCUUCGAGUCGGGCAGCAACCGAGCCUGGCUCUUCUCCGGCUUUGACAACGGCAGCUUCCACAGCAAUGCCGCAGGGUACCGCAACGACAGCUCCAGCUCGCUUGGAAGCAACUCAAGCGAGUCCUACUACAGCGGGAAAGGCAGCGGAGUGGCGGAUCUCAGUCCCGGCAGCACCGGCGGUACGUUCUGGUUUGGCGAUACCCAGCUGCCCUUGGGGUCGGAAGAUUCAGCCGGAUACGACGGGCUAACGAUGACGGCCCCGUCCACCAAUCCCUUGUGGAGCACCUUUGAUCGGGGAGGCACGAGUUUGCCGACUACGCCAAGGCUCUCUCCAUCCCUUCUCGCUCGUCUGUCUCCAAUUCUUCCGGAGGCACUGGAUCAUCCGCUGGUUCGGCUGGUGCAGGAGAAUUCCCAGAGUCUCCCGGCCUUUGGUCCCGCAUUUUCCCCGUCGAGCGACAGCACGGGCUCUAGCUCUCCGCCGGACAUGCGCACCUUCCCCAAACACAGCCAGGUUCCUCCAUGCGUUCGUUGCGGAGACAAUGUGGCGGCGCUCGUCCUGGGUGGGCAAAACCUCGUCUGUUUGGAGUGUUCCAACUCCAUCCUGCAAAGCGCGUAGAGAGCGAGAGGUUUGGGAUCACAAGGAGCAAACUGGUUUAUUUUUUACAUUGAUAAAUACUUCUUCCUUCUUUAUUAUGUUUAAAUAACUGGGAAAUGCAGGUUUUCAAUUAAGUUCAUCUCAAAGAAAGAUUUCCCCAUUUACGUUUAGCUGCUACGUCGUACUUACGGCAAGCAGUGCUGGGGUUUAGCAGCGCUAAAUUGCCAUCACCUACGUGUUUUUUGUUAGUUUGUUACUUUGUUUUCAAGGUAUCGACUCUGUGUUUACAUUUUCAUGUGCCUGAUUCCAUGACGGUAGCGGUGCACACUGGCGCUGUUGCUGAGAAAGCAUCUGUGGCCUUGAGUUUCUGUUUUUCAACACUAGAGUCAAGCAGCAUGCGAUCAUACAAGAGCCGUCCUGACCUCCACGACCCUGACACCUGCACUUUGAACGUCGCCAUAAACAUUUAAGGGGUUGCACAUCGCCAUUAAACGCUCAUUAAACCGUUCCUGCAUAAAUUGUUGCAAUAAAUUGAGUCACGUUACACACAAAAAGUUUUUAGACAAAUUUAAACAUUGGCUCUGCUUGUAUUGCAUGAAUAAAACCCAUUUUCGCAUUCAAAUCAUUCAGUAGCUGUGUUCCCAUCCACAUAUUAUUGUGUAUUUUGGUAUAUCGCAUAAAAAAUGCUGUAUUUAAAAUGCGUAUAAAGUCUUAAAAUGCGUAUAAAAACGUAUGCACUCAUUUGAGGCAAUUUUUUUUUAUUGGUAAGAAAAUGUGCACAUAAACUAUGAUAGAAACAAAUUUACUAGAUAAAUUCCUGAUUGCGAAACAAAACAAAAAAUCAUGUGAUUGGAUAACUGAACUAACCAGUGGAUCAAUCUCAUUGCACACCAUCUAAAAUAUCAUUCUAAAAAUACCUGAGCCAAAGUCUGACGUCAAAAUGAUUUGGUGUAAUUGCCUCCCAGAACUGUCUCACACAAUCACAUUCCCAAACAUCAGGCAUCCGAACACAAAAUAACAAAAGCGUUUGUUAUUGUGUUUCGUCUGCAUGGGGGGAGGAAGAGUCAUAGGCUUUCCUGGUUGCAGCAACUUUUUAUUAUUUUAUUAAUACUCUGCGCCAGUCUGACAAAAAGUGAAGAUUUUGUUCACUCGAACACAGCAAGGAAACUGCUUUAUUCACAAUGUUUUAUGCUAUAUUGCAUUUUUUCGAACAAGUUCAAUUCGCAACUCUAAAUGGAAACACUAUGGAAGCUUGUUUCCGCCACUGAAUAAAAAAUAAAAAGG